UUGUGCGUUUGCACACUGUGAAGCAGUGGCUGCAAGGGGAAGAGCCAAACAUGUCGCCACACAAGAAGAAGAACCUGAAGAGAUUAAAAGAAAAAUGCUCUCUUGAUGAAGUCCUACCAGGGUGAAAAUUGUCAUCGAAUAAUAUAAACUAUAUCUCAUCAAAGGGGCCGAGGGGAGGCGGCGGCAGGUUCUCCUACAUCAGGAGGACAUAUUGGGCAUCCUUGCCCAGUAUCAUGAUAAUGCAGGCCACUGUGGUCAACAUACCACAGAGGAAAACAUUGCCUCUUAUUAUUACUGGCCAAGGAUGAGGGAUUAUGUCAAAGACUAUAUUGCAGGGUGUGACUACUGCCAAAAAUUUAGCAACCUAAAGACUCAGGCCCCUGCCCUGGUACCAAUCAAAGUCAAGCAGCCACUGGAGUUGGUAGGAGUUGAUUUAGUUGGUCCUUUAAAUAUGACACAAAGGGGCCACAGAUACAUAUGUGUUUUUGUGGACCACUAUACCAAAUAUGUGGAUUUUUUUCCCCUUGAGGAUAAAACGGCUGCUGGGGUCCACCGUUGCAUUAAGGAGUUCAUCUCACGGUUUGGGCCACCUCAAAGACUCCUCACUGAUCAGGGGAAGGAGUUCAAUGCCAAGCUUAUCGAUGAACUCUGCCAAACUUACAGCAUAAAACACUCUGUCACAAGUUCAUAUCACCCUCAAACAAAUGGCCUGACUGAGAGGACAAACCAAACAUUGAAAUCAAGAAUCAAGAAGAUGGCUAAUGAUGCUCAAGAUAACUGGGAUGAGUUUUUGUCUGAUAUUGCCUUCACAAUGCGCAUAUCAAAGCAAGCCUCCACAAAAUUUUCACCAUUAUAUCUCAUGUUUGGGAGGCACCCCAACUGUGUGCAAAACAUGCAUGUGGGUCUCCCUCCAUCUGAUAUACAAGAAGUGUCUGACAGUGAGAGGGAGGAAUUCGUAAAACACCGCAUGGCAGAAAUGACCGUCAUACAUGAGAAGGUGCUGAAGAAUGUGACAGUGGCCCAAAACAAGCAAAAGCAAACAUAUAAGAAGAGGCAAGAAAAAGGUAUCAGAACCUUUGACUUCCAUGCAGGGGAUGUAGUCCUCAAGCGGAACAUGCGAAAUGUUGGACGCAGAGGUGGAAAACAAGAUAAACUCUGGACAGGACCAUAUAGAAUAACUGCUAUUGAUGACUACCAGCGUGUUACCUUGGAAGAUGUGGAUAAACCUGGCAUUUCUCUGAAAAGUCGAGUUCCUUAUGAACAACUUAGGCCCUUUACAGAAAGUCGUUUGUGCAAGAGGCCACUUUCAUCUUUGUGUGUGCAGUCCAUCCAGUCUGUGACACCAGCAGAUGGAACAGACGUAGUAGCCACAGCUGAAUCCUCUACCUCAGAGGUACUUGUCUCUAUUGAAGCAAGUGAAGAUGCCCUGACACCCAGAAAAAGUCGCAAAAUUAAUACAACACGGUCUCCAAGGCACCGUAACCCAAACAUGUUGAGGGAGCAGAUUCUCAGACCCUCUUUGCAAUUGUCUGAUGAGCACAUAGAUCAUGCUCAGGCUUUGUUGGCUGAUGACUUCCCUAACAUUGGUGGCCUGCAAUCUACAUGUAUAUAUGCAGUAGAGUCAUGCACCAAUGCAAUAAACAGGUCAGAAUCUUUCAUUCAAAUUUUAAAUGUUGGAGGGUGUCAUUGGGUGACAGUCAGUAAUAUAAGAUGUCCAAUCGAUACAUUGAAUGUAUACGAUUCCAUGGAUUUCAAAUUGAAUAGGCCUGAUAGGGAAAAGUUCCUUGAUCAACUUUCAGCCAUGAUAAAGACUCCAAAUUCUUCUUUUACAGUAGUAAGACCACAAAUACAGAAUCAAGUUGGAGGAAGUGACUGUGGGCUAUUUGCUGUAGCCAUUGCGACCAGCCUCUGCUUUGGAGAUGACCCACAGGGUCACUUCUACUACCAGGACAAGAUGAGAGACCAUCUAGCUUCUUGCUAUCUUACUGGAAAGAUGGGACGGUUUCCUAGCUCCAUAGUGGAGAGAGAGGGGACACUCUACAGCAAGGAAUCCAUUAAAGUCUAUUGUCGCUGCAGGAAGCCGCAUAAAGAAGGAACCUUUAUGGUUCAGUGCAAUAGCUGCCAGGAAUGGUAUCACCGCAAGUGUGAAAAGGUCCCCAAAAUAGUCUCUCCUGAGACCAUUUUCUUUUGUUGCAGCUGUGGUGAACAAUCUUGAGCAGACAGCAGCUUAAUGAGGCUAGGAACCCUGCAGUGACACUUAAGAAGAAGCUAUGAUGGUUCUUCAUGCUUUCCUGUGUCAUCUGUUUUUUUUCUGCAGAUGUUCAUUCAGCUGAGGAACUGCUCAGAUAGAGCCUGAGAGGAGGUGUCUUGUACAGUGACUUUCUUGUAUGUCCUAUCAGUUCAAGGAUUGACUUUUUUUUUUCAGAGAAGUAUUACCAGGUUUACCCAUGGCUUCAAAGGUACAUCACUGGUCAGAUUUAUCAGUUAUAGUAUGUAACAUUUCCAGUGUAUGGAAAUGUGUCCUCAUCUUUAUUCCCUGUUAUUCCACUCUGCGUCCAGUGUUUCAAUGUUUUUUGGAUGUGUGGAGAGUUAAGAUUUUUUUCUCUAAUUCUUGUCUUUUCAUGGAUUUUGCAGUUUGGGACAUUGAACAUUUUCUUUCACUAAGUCUGUAUGAUUUUUACACACACACACAUACUCUACAAUGUUGAUAAAAUGGUGAAUUUUGUGGGUUGCUGCAUUGAUAUUCGCAUACAAAGGCAAUAUCAUUCAUAAAUGUUUUUUAUUAUUUUUUUUUAUUUAGGGCAUGAUUAUCAUUGUAUGGAUUUUGUUUGUUCACUUGUUCCUCACUAUUGCUAAUUUUGAGGGUGAUAUGAAUUAGUUUUGCAGACUUUUAUGACUGUUCUUACAUGAUUCUGGUCUGAUUUUUGUUUCACCUACGACAAUUAUUCAUCUGUAACAUCCACAGGAAUUGUAUUGAAUACUGUAUACAUAUAUAAUGACAGGAUUGAAUCAAGCUCGUAUUGUUCCGUUUUCAAAACAAAAUAUUCAUAUUUUUCUUUGAAAUUAUGUAUAUUAUGGCACAUACUACUUUCUCUGGUGAUGCAUGCCAUUAAUCUCUUGUUCUAAUUGGGAAACUGUAUUUUUGCACAACUUUAUCUCCUUUUUUCUUUUUAAGUUUCUUCCAUGUCACCAUGGUUGUUCAAUAUUUAUAUGGAUGGCGUUAUUAGAGAAAUGAAGGGCAAUCUUGGGGAAGUUGGAGUAAGAAUGUUUGCUGAGGGAAGGAAGUGGGUACUGAAUUCGAUAAUGUUUGCUGAUGACACGGUGCUCAUUGCAGAAAAUGAAAGUGACCUACAAAAUUUGGUCAGUGUUUUUGAUAGUGUAUGUAAAAGGAGAAAGCUGAAAAUAAAUGUCACCAAAGUAAAGUGAUGGUUUGUGAGCAAAGUAGAAGUGAGGUUGUAGAUUUUGUAUGCCCAUAUAGAGUGGGAAUUGAAUGUGAAAAAGAAUGCAAAAUAAAUUUGAAUGGUGAAGAAAUGGAGGAGGUCAAUGAGUUUAAGUACCUUGGAUCAGUUAUGUGUAGGCAUGGUGGUAUGGAGGGAGAGAUAAGAGAAAGGGCAUUGCAAGGAAGAAGGGUUGUAGGGUCUUUGGGAUGAGUCAUGAAUGGCAGAAGUGUGAGCAUGGAUAUGCAUGGCAUAUGGAAGUGAAACGUGGGCCUGGAAUGAAAGUCAGAGGUCUAGAGUGCAGGCAGUGGAAAUGAGUUAUUUGAGGAGUGCUUGUGGUGUGAGUAGAAUGGAUGGAAUGAGUAAUGAAAGUGUGUACGAGCAUUUUGGAAUGUGUCACGGGGGUGAAAGGAGGAAGUGUGGAGUGGUGGAAGAAGUGAAGCGACAAACUUUAAAGUGGUUUGGCCACAUGGAGCGAAUGGAGGAGAGUAAGAUGACCAGAAGGGUGUAUGUGAGUGAGAUAGAGGGAGGUAAUGCUAGAGGACGACCUCCAGUGAAAUAGAGAGAUAGGGUGCAAGAGUACGUUAGGGA